AUGCACGUGAAAUACCUCCACGCGCUCGUGCGCACCCUGCUCUGCGUUCAGCACGUCACCGCUCGCGCUGUUGACAACGGCGACUCCUGCGCCGACGUCGCCCGUGGCAAGACUUACUACACGCCCACCGCAAGCUGCUCCAGUCUAACGAAGCGUGAGGGAGAAACUGACAAUGAUGAGGACUGCGCCGAGGUGCUGGAGGAGCUGAGGGCGUCCGACUACGGCAUCGAGCGGACUGACUACCACAGCUUGAAGAGCAAGAACUACAGCGGCCUCGACUGCAAAGCGCUUCUCGCCAUCCUCAUCUUGGCCGUCCCGUCCAAGUCGCAUCUCGGCCGUCGCGACGGAGGCGACUGCGACAAGGCCCGCGAAAUCAUCCUCGGCGCCGGCCGCCAGCUAGCCGAAAUCUUCUGGGUGCGCAUCAACAACAUCGACGAUGAGAACCCCGGCGACCUCUACGGCACCAUCCAGGCGACCGACUCCAUCGGCAAGCAGGACAUCUACAACCGCGAGCGCAGCGACUACGAGUCCAUCACGCCCGGUCAGAUCGCUCACCUGACCGGCCCGGCCCAGCGCUCCAUCUCCGCCGAGAGCGGCUUCGUCCUCGAGUUCAAGCUCACCGACAAGGACGCCGACGCCUCGCCCGACGACGAGAUCAGCUUCGGCGAGUUCGUCGACAAGGGCGACGUGCUGGACCAGCUGCAGAACAAGACCGUCACCGGCGCCUACGGCUCGGCCACGGCCAACUACGUCGUCAUGGGCAACGCCGCGCAGGCGGACAUUGACGUCAUCCUGAUCAACGGCGAUGAUGAGAACCCGGCCGACGUGUACGGCAAGGUCAUCGCGACGACCAAGUACGGCAAGCGCGACUUGUUCAACAAGGACUCCAAGUCGUACGUGGAGCUCAAACCGGGGGACAAGGUGCCUCUGGAGCGCAAGGUGAUGGCCGUGGCCAUGGACGACAAGCUCGUGACGGACGUGGAUCUCUGGGAUCACGACGCGGACCUCUCGCCCAACGACUCCAUCGCGGGCGCCAUCGUCACCUGGGUCCCGGAGCCGGGCACGUCGAUGAAGCAGGGCAUCCGGGGCAGAUAUGGCGAGGCAGAGAUCAGAGUCACCUGGUCUUAG